CAGACAUACGGCACUGUUAUGUCACUUACCCAGCUAGCUUGAUCCAGCAGAAAAGCCGCUGCCUGAAACUUCAGGCUUCAGACGUGCAGCUCAAGAUGAGUCGAUGAGACUGGCAUUUUGUAAUGAGGCUGGUCCAGAAUACCUGGAGAGGAUGCCCUUAAAGCUACAAGGCCCUGGCAUUCACAGCAUGAGUGCAGAUGGAAAACAGAGCGUCAUGAAAGAGGCUGACACUGGGGGCGACGAGGAGGGUGAACAAUGUGAGAAGAAGGAAGAAGAGGUUCCAAUGAGUCGGAGUUUUUCAGUAGAGGACCUCCUCGAUGAGGUGGAGAAGAUCUGUUACGAUGCUUCGGGGACGUCCAAGAUGGAGAUGGUGGUGAGGUUGUGGAAGGACGGCUUCACUGUGAACGACGGAGACUUCCGCAGCUACUCAGUGCCAGAGAAUCAGGAGUUCCUGGAUGCCAUUAAGCGAGGGGAGCUUCCAGCCGAGUGGGAGAGCAGAGCAGAAGAGGAGGAGCUGGAGAUCAGCGUGGAGGACAUGACGGAGGAAAACUACGUCUACAAGAAGAAGGCCGCCGCCUUUCACCCCUUCAGCGGGCGGGGGUACCGACUCGGCAGCGUGGCACCCAGAGUCGUGGCCAGGUCACCAUCUGUGCACGAGGAUGGAGAAUCUCCUCCUAUUCCCAUGGUAACACUAGACCACUCUCUUCCUGUCACGUCCCUGCAGAUCUGGUUGGCCGACGGACGGAGACUGGUCCAGAGGUUCAACCUAUCGCAUCGGAUUGCUGAUGUUCACGACUUCGCCUCGCGCUGCCAGAGAAGCUGCCCACCCUUCAUCCUGACCACAUCCCUCCCUUACCGAGAGCUCACCGACAAAGACCUGAGUCUAGAGGAGGCGGACCUGGCCCACGCCGUCAUCGUCCAGAGACCCCUGAUCACGCACGCUCUGUUUGGACACUCGUGACCUGUCCCGACUCGGGAGUCUCACUCACGGCACGCCUCCCUGUCCUGCGACUCGAAUGGUGUUUGUUGUGCUGCCUGAGCCGCCUCUGGCGGCCGGCGUUCCCGUACGGUGUUUGUGGGUGAUUAGCUGCAGGCUAACUCACCAGAUCUGUCACUAAGUGCUGCUGAGAGGAUGCUGUCGUGUUCUCCUGGAGGACAAAGAUGAUCUCCAAACCCCAGAAUGUUCGAACAGGACAAACAAGUGUCUCCCCCCCCCCCCCCCCCCUACCCACAAUGCAACUAUGAUAAGCUAAGUCUUCCCAAACUCUGACUACUACUUUAUGCACUGUUUGCAGUUUAAAUAAGGGUUUGAUAGGUUUACGUUUACAGUUUAUCGACCACGUAUUGUUUUUAUCUUACCGUAUUAUGUCUGCCUGCUUUUAAGGAUGUUUUUUGGGUUUCUAGAGUGAUUUAUUUUUUGCAUUUGUUUUAUUUUUUGUUUGUUUUUAAAGGAGUCGUUUAUAAAAGUUCUGUUGUUUGACCGAAUCGUUAAAAUGGACGUCACGAGUCAUUGUGUAACACAAUAAAAUCUUUUAAAAUGUG